GGACUUUCUAGGAAUACCUAAACAACUCGGUACUGUUGAAGGCGAUGAUCAAGAAUCGGAUGAUGAGUUAAGUCAUCCGAUUGAAAAUCAUCCUCCUCAACUGGAAAAGUCAACUGAGCAGAACGAAUUGACUGAUAUUGAACAAAUUUAUACCGAUUUAGAGGAACCGCAAGUACCAGGAUAUCCGGAACCAACACAAUCAACAGAGUAUCCCGAGCAACCUGAACCGAUACCAGAAGCAGCUGCUGAAAAAACGGAGCCUGAAGACUUUUCUGCUUUACAGGGGGCCGCUUGCGACGCUAAUGGUUACUGUACCGAUUAUCACCCUGGCUACUGUUGCUCAUGCAAGAAAGGUUACUAUGGCAACGGAGAAUACUGCCUAAAAAAAGGAGAAAACGAACGCAUUUACGGUACCUUAGAAGGACAGAUUAAUGGUGUUGACCUGAAGGGAAAGCAGCUGCACACAUUCGCCGAUACUGAGAAGGGUCGAGCUUAUUUUGCUUUAACAAAAAUACCUUCAUAUGUUGGACAGCCAUUGUUACUUGUCGAUGAGAUUGGGACCGUAAUUGGCUGGCUAUUCGCAAAAGUUCGUGGAGUUUUCAAUCGAACUAUUAAUGUUCAUAUCGGUCACAGGCAUGCAUUGGUGGUGAAACAAUUGUUUACUGGCCGUGACAGUCAAGGCCGCUUUCAAGCGCAGACUGGUGGCGAUCCUUGCGCUCCCGGAAGGCACCAGUGCACAUAUCCGCAUAUGCAGUGCAUCGAAAAAGAUGGCAAAGGAUCUUGUAUAUGCGAAACAGGGUAUAGUCCCGUUAUAAAUGCGUCUUUCACUUCAUUGGGUUGGUACUGUAAGGACAUAGAUGAGUGUCGUGCCAUGUCGCAUGCUUGCGAUCCCAAUGCAGACUGUAACAACACUGAAGGUAGCUAUGAGUGCAUAUGUAAGCCUGGCUAUACUGGGAACGGGCGAUAUUGCCAAAGUAGGCUAUUUCACGGGUGCCGAACUGAUGCAGACUGUCACAAGUGGGGAGAAUGUGUUGCUGGAGAAGAUGGGCGAAAAAGAUGUAAAUGCCGAGGAUGGUACGAAGGAGAUGGCGUUACUUACUGCAGAAUACCAGAAUCAACUACUCACGUACCAGGGCCUCAUGAAUGCGGUUUUUAUCUUUGUCACAAAGACGCAGACUGUGUAGUGUUGCCGUCGCAAACGCGUGCGUGUAGAUGUCAUGAAGGAUUCUACGGUAACGGUGUGUCAUGCGAACCUCGUGAAAGUUUAUCCGGAACUACACCACCAGUUACGCCUGCACCGUCUACUAGUUGCAAUGUUGAAAAUAACUGUGACCGAAAUGCUGAUUGUGUGAGAAUGGGAAAUUCUUAUCGUUGUAGAUGUCGGGAUAGCUAUGUGGGAAACGGGUACACUUCACAAAGAAUACGGAUUGUUCAGUUCUUUUUUUUUUUAGCGCCAGAACAGCAGUGCGAUAGCUUGGGGAACUGUGGCCAAUAUGCCUACUGCGAUUAUGACUCUCAAAGUAGGAGAUAUGUUUGUCGCUGUCGUGAUGGGUAUGUUGGCGACGGCUACUCUUCAGUUUUUUGUUUAGCUGCGAAAAUUUGCCGUGAUAAAAGCGAGUGUCACCCAAAUGCCCACUGUGUCUUUAAUGCUGAAAAUAGUCGAUAUGUGUGUGAGUGUUUGAAUGGUUUCGAUGGUGAUGGUGUACGUGAAUGCCGGCGAGUUGCUGAAUGCAAUCCUGCGAAACCGGGAGUAUGUCAUAAAAAUGCAAAGUGUGAAUUUGACAGUGAUGCAGGAGCUUUCAAGUGCAGGUGUAUCGAAGGGUUCAAGGGUGAUGGAGUCAGCUGUCACGAAAUAGCUGCUGACGGAUGUGACAGACAGCCAUCACAGUGUCAUCACGAGGCGCAGUGUACAUACAGUGAUGAGGAGCGUCGUUUCGUUUGCGUUUGUAAACCUGGUUGGAUAGGAGACGGAUAUAGAAACUGCCAAAUAACACCAAGUCAGAAAUGCGCGCAGUGUUCUGCACAUGCUCGUUGCGUUGCCAACUCCGAUGGCGAAUAUGGAUGUGAGUGUCUCCCUGGUUAUCAAGGAAAUGGCCAAGUUUCAAGUUGUUUAAAUGAUCGGUCUAUUUGUGAUGCGAAUGCGCAAUGUAUCCUAAAUGAGCAAAAUCACUACGUAUGCAAUUGCAAUUACGGUUAUCGCGGAAAUGGACGUGUUUGCACUCGUAAAGGAUAUUGUUCCAAAAAGUUUUUAGCUGUCACAAACAACCGCGAUAUGCUCCUCAUUGCUCGCGGAAUAUCAAUUAUCGAAAGAGGUAUGAGCCAAGAUGCUGUGGGGAAGCAGCUGAUCGUUAGGUCAGGACAGGUUAUUGUUGGAUUAGCUUAUGACUGUAAAGAAGGCCGAGUUUACUGGACAGAUAUUAAAGGUAUUACUGUUAUUAUAAUUCAAUUUUUAGGACCUGUUCAUUCUGCAUUCCUAAACGGAAGCAGUGGUAUUGUUGUUGAUGCAUCUUCGAGGAACUUUUACUACGUGGAUGCACAACAGAAUCGUCCGGAAAUUGGUGUUGCCAGAUUAGAUGGCACUUACCGUAAGACGCUGGCAAAAGAAGGUCUUAAUCAGCCUCGUUAUCUCGCUCUUGACAUGAAAAAUAGACACCUGUAUUAUUCGGACUGGCACAGAGCUCAUCCUGUUAUUGGGCGGAUGAAUCUAGAUGGUACAGAAAAUGAAGCAUUUAUAGAUACCGAACUGAAUCUUCCAAACGGCUUGGCCGUUCUCGAAAGCAGGGAUGAGCUUUGUUGGUUGGAUGCUGGAAUGCACACACUGUCCUGCAUGGGUCUUCGUAACAGAGUGCGGCGCACCGUCUAUGCUCCUCUGCAGUAUCCGUUUGGUUUAACGGUACACGAAGACAGGCAGUUCUUUUGGACUGAUUGGAAAGAUGGACAACUUCACACGGUUUCAAUUGACGGUCACGGCUACCAGAAUUUCCCCAUUACCAAUAGUGCUGCUGGCAAGCCAUAUGGUUUAAUUGCAAUUCCAUCAUCUUGCAAGCUUGAACCUACUCCCUGCUCAGUUGAUAAUGGCGGUUGUCCCUACUUGUGUUUGCCUGGGCAGCACCGUGCCCACUGCGUUCAACCCGAUAACGUUGAAGGCCUUGAAAAGUGA